AUGGCUCGUGGACGAUCUGGCACCGUUGCCCUUGUCAUCGCCGCCUUCUCGGCCCUCUACCUGGUGGCAGCACCCGCCUUCGUGGCGCCCCGCCAGGGCUCCACUCCCCAGGUGGACGAGCGCGUGGUGGCCGCCACCUUUGCCGGGCUCAGCCCUCUGGCACUCGAGCAGCCUGCUGGCGCCUACGACUCCGUCGUGGCCAUGCUCCAGAGCUGGCUGGUGGGAGGCAUUGCUUUGGUGUUGAUCUACGGGGCCGCACUCGUGGCGGCUGUGGCGAACCCUUUGACGAAGCGCCGUUUGGAGGUGAAGUCUGAGGUGGAUGCCAUGAAGAGGUGA